GUCAGUUUUUGUUCUUUUCUGUCUUUCCCCUUUUACUUUGACUUUGAUUGAUCAUGAAAGCUUCGGAGAGUUGCUAACAUCGAUCUUUGGGUUACGUACCGCAACUUCCCUUCACUCUGUAAACAGCGGGGGAGUGAGAGAAUUGAAAUGGCGACGGCGUCAGCGAACACCGGUGCGGUGGGGUUGGGUGGUUGUGGUGGUGGCAAUAAUGACCAUACCGUCUUUGUCUACGGUAGCCUCUUAGCUGACGACGUCGUUCAAGUACUCCUCAACCGUAUCCCUCAAACCUCCCCCGCGAUCCUUAACGGCUAUCAUAGAUUUAGCAUCAAAGGACGCGUUUAUCCUGCAAUUAUACCUGUAGAAAACAAGAAAGUUACAGGGAGGGUUCUCUUUGGGCUUUCUGCUUCAGAAUUAUAUAUCUUGGACACAUAUGAAGAUGAAGAGUAUGACAAGAGGGCUGUUGAUGUUUCUUUGCUGGAUACGUCUGAAGUGUUACAGGCUUAUGUGUACAUUUGGGCCAACAGUAGUGAUCCUGAUUUAUAUGGAGAAUGGGAUUUUGAGGAGUGGAAAGAGUCGAAGCUUGAAGAUUAUUUGAAAAUGACAAAGAGCUUUGUUGAAGAACUGGAAGACACUGCAUCUUCCUUGCCUUGAUUGCAAUGAUACUAUGCAAAAUUGUGUAUUGAUGUUUUAAUCCUAAGCAUCUAAAAGUUGAUACAUAGUUCCCUUGAAUCAACUACUUUGAUGCUAACUUUUCACACAUUACUUUUUCCAUACAUAGAUACAAGCUUUACAAUAUAAAAGCUCCACAUUGAAACCUUACUUCUAUAAAGUUACAUAACUACAUCGAAUGUUCUUUCCAAAAGCUUUUACCUUAUCUUAUCACUUGGUCCAUCGACUAUUGCUUUUUCCUGUUACAAUCACAAGUUUUUUCGUGAUGAAAUUUGUGAAAUUAGAUAGUAAUGAUUGUUUCAAUGCUUUUUCAUAAAAUGAAAUGAAGAUGCAAUUGAGUGCUUUUCGGAUGAUGAAAUCUCGUAGAAGACGAUUUAAUAAC